UAUUUUUUUUUUUCCCCCCUUUCUCAUCUAUAACUUAUGAAGGUAUUCGUCAAGUUAUUAUUUUUCUCCUUUUAUUUAAAACCGUGUUCUUCACUCGUAUAUUAUUAAGGUGAAACCUUAAAAAAUUGUGGAAUUUUCUAAACGCGUCUAACGUUUUCUCGUAAAUUCGGUUUUUUAUGGGAUAAAUUACUCCACACAUAUAUAUAUUAUAAUUUUCUACUUUUUUCCCUUAUCUCUUUUAUACACAUACACUCACAUAAAAACACACAUUUACAUCAUAAUCAAAAAUGCCUUACACACCUCCAACAACAAGUCCUGCUCUUUCCCCAUCAACUCCUUGUAAAGGAUGGCCUUUUUCAACGAUAUCGUCUAUUGGUUCUAAAAAGAAGAAUUUUGAUUUGGACAAAUUUGCUAAUGAUUUUGUGAAAGAUAUCGAUCGUGAUAAUGCUAUAAAGGAAGUCAAAGAUAUCCUCUCAACUUCUCCUCAACUUUCAACUUCUCCAAGACGUAAAUCUGCUCCAGAAUCAUAUUCAAGAAAACCUUCUUUAAAAGUUAACUUACCUACAUUGCCAUUACCCGAAAUUCGUCCUUGCAUAUUAAGAAAGAAGAGUGGUGAGAUUGUAAAACCCUCGCUUAAAAAGGGCCUUUCAAAAUCCGAGCCUGUUACGCCCACUUUCCCAAAGUAUGUACAUUUCAAUGCAGAUCUGGAACAAAUUAGGUUGUUCAAUGAGGCACAAAGACCACAAGCUGUAAGUGCUGAUGUCUCAUCUGAUGAGGAGUCUGACGAUGAUAAUGUAUUUGAUGAUAAUAUACUUGGUUAUUCCGCUUCUGAUGAUGAAGAUGAUAACAUUGAAGAACCUGAACUUAUCAUUUCUCUUCCAAAUAGACCUGUUAUAACUACUUUACAUAGUUCAAAACCUGUAUUCGUAGAAUCAAUCUAUUUAUCUCAAGAUAAAAGAAAACUUCAAGGUCGAAUUAUGGUACAAAAUAUUGCUUUUCAAAAAACUGUUGAUGUAAGGUACACUUUUGAUUUUUGGUCUACCGUAUCUGAAGUACGAGCAACUUUUGUUGAAGGUAUAACUUCAAAGGAUAAUAAGAAUAGUUUUGAUGCUUUCAUUUUCUCUAUCGAGUUGAUCGAUAAUUCAAGAAAUCCUAUUGAUGGAAAGACAAUGUAUUUUGCCGUUCAUUAUAGUGUAGAAAAUAAUGAUUUUUGGGAUAAUAAUAAUGGAUCAAAUUAUCAAGUUAAUUUUAAGAGGAUAACACCACCUUCAUCAACUAUAUUUUCUAAUAAUAAAAAAAGUAAAAAUAAUCAAAAUACUUCAUCCAAUUCAUCGAAAUGGUCUAUGGCAUCCAUGUCACGUCAAUCAACUAAGAAUUUGAAUGAAUCUCUUUGUCGUUCUCCACCAACAUUGGAAUCUUCACCUAAAUUAAAUAUGGAUGACGUAAGAAAGAGAGUGAUGGGACGUUAUGAUAUUGGUGUUUCAUUGUCUGUCGCUCAAAAUUCUAGAUCAUCAGCUCCAGUAACUCCAACAAAUGAUUAUUCACGUACAUUUCAAUUUUUCGCUCCUCAAGUACAAUAUGGUACUUCUGAUUUUCCCAUUUCACAUUCACAAUUGAAUAAUUCGAAUCCAAUCGCGAUUCCAUCACCAUCAAAACCUGACAUCGGAUCAAGUUCAUAUUAUGAUCUUGUAAAUCAGUAUUGUUUCUACUCAGGUUCACCUUAUGCUACCAACUCCCCACUUACCGCUGGUUCUCCUCCAGUUUUGAUUUAAACUGUAUAUGUGGGGAUUAAAAGUUAAAAUAAAAAAAAAAAAAUAAGGAGUGAAAGAAUAUACUUUUCCUUUUUAAUCAUUUAAUUAAUGAACAAUUGAUUUAAUAUCUUACUUCUAAUUAUCAAAAAAUUUCAAAUAAUUAGUUAUUAUUAAUCAUAUCACUAUUUCUUUAUCAAAAAAAAAAAACCCCCCCCAAAAAAAACAAAAAAAAAAAGGAAAAAAGGAAA